CUAUUUACUAAACUUGUUUCAAUUUUUAUUUAGGCUGUCUAGCCUCUUAGUAAUAUUUACAUCAUCUUUGAAAAACAUUUUACAAUCCGAUUAAACAAUUACCUUGCAAUUAACUAUAAUUUUUCUAACGAUUGUUUGUGUAGGUUAGUAAAUUUCUUAUGUUUACUAUAAAAUUUUUACAAAAAAAUAAUUAAGAUAUGGCUACUAGAUGUAUAAACUACAUUAGGAAUAUAAAAACUAAAACUGGCUAUAUUUAUAUUAUACGAAACAACUCAAUUACAACACCAAAUCUUAUUAGACAGUCAUCCAACCUCAAAGAGUUUAAAACAGAAAACGAAAUCACAUAUUUAGAAGACCCCAACACUUUUGGAACUCUUUCAAGAACUCUAAUAAAUAAUGAUAAGAUGACAGAUGAGGGGGAUAUUCAAGAAGAUAACUUUCAAACUUACCAUCCAUUGCCUUCCCAAAAAAUGACUACCAAACAGUAUGCUGAUCUUAUCAAACAACAUUUGAAGUAUAAACAAGUCAAAGAAGCAAUUGAUGUAUUAGAAAUAAGGAUGCUAAAAGAAGACAAAGUUCAGCCAGAAAACUAUAUAUAUAAUAUUCUAAUUGGUGCUUGUGCAGAUGUUGGCUAUACAAAAAAGGCCUUUAAAUUAUACAAUGACAUGAAAAGGAGAGCUUUAAAGCCAACAGGAGAUACCUACACCUGUUUAUUUGAGGCUUGUAUGAAAAGUCCUUGGAAAGAAAAUGGACUAAAACUGGCCACUCAUUUAAGAAAUCUUAUGAUUGAAAAAGGUAUAGAACCCAACCUUACUAACUACAAUGUAAUGAUAAAAACUUUUGGAAGAUGUGGAGAUUUACAAACAGCAUUUAAAUUAAUUGAUGAAAUGAUCUCAAAAAAAAUCAAAAUAAGAGUUCAUACAUUCAAUCAUUUGCUUCACGCAUGUAUUUCUGAUGAACAGUCAGGUUUGCGACAUGCUCUCAUUGUGUGGAGAAAAAUGUUAAAUGCAAGGGAAAAACCUAAUCUAUACUCAUUUAAUUUAAUGCUUAAAUGUGUUAAAGAUUGUAAAUUAGGAACCAAUGAAAAUAUAAAUGAGUUGAUUGGUGUCAUAAGAGAACUGUCAGUUUUAAGCAAUAAUAAUAUUUUACAUGUAGAUAGUAAAAGUAAAUUAAUUUCGAAUCAAGAAUUAUUACCAUCUUCCACUGAUUCUAAUAAAAAAAAAUUACCAAACGACAAUGUUGAAAAAUAUGAGUCAGAACAGAGACAAAUAGAUAUGAGUUUAACAACUCAUGUAAAUACAAAUUUAAUAAAAAAUGAUGAUGAUAAUCAAAUGAAUUUAAAUGUAAUAGAACCAAAGCAAAUGCAGACAGUACAAAAAAGAUUAGUACCUAAUUUAUUAUCAAGAACACUUCAAUUUGAGAAUGUUCAUGGAUUAAAAAAUGUUGUUAAAGUCCAAGAUAGAUUUGCACUUGUUGGUGGACAGGAUGAUUUCUUAAAAGAAAUGGAAGCAUAUUUAGUCAAACCAGAUAUUAAAACAUUCACACAAAUGAUAAUGGUGAUUGAUGACACUGCAGAAGCAGAAGAUAAAUUACUCAGUACCAUUAAUUCAUUAGGUUUAAGAACUGAUAUAAGUUUCUACAAUAUGCUAAUAAAAAAACGCUGCUUAAGACUGGACUAUGACAGUGCAAAUGCUGUCAAAAAUUUGAUUAAAGAAUAUAGAAAAAAUUGCAAAAAACAUCCAUGGAAUAAAAAAUAUCAAAUUAAAGAAAACCUAAUUACUUAUGGAGUUUUAGCAAUGGCCUGUCCAAGCAAGGAAGAUGGAGAAAAGCUUUUGAAUGAGAUGAAGGAGAAAAAGUUAAAAGUCAAUAUAGAAAUACUUAGUACUUUAUUAAAGCAUGGCACAACAAGAAUACAAUUUGGAUAUAUUUUAUAUAUUAUGAAUAUUGUGAUAGAAGAGAAAUUGAGAGUGAAUGAUAUAUUUCUCAAACGUUUGGAGGAUUUCAAUGAAAAGUGCUCAAAACUAAGCAAUCAGAAAAAGGAAUCUGUUUUACAUAAAGCUUAUAGCAGUUUCAGUAAAAGGUAUAAAGACUGGCUAAAAGAAAUUAAUAUUGAAGAAGGAUUAAAAUCAGAGCACCCAUGGCAACAAUUUCAAGAAAGUCAUCCUAAGCCGGUUCAAAAGGAAAAUAUUGAAAUAAAAGAACCUAAAAGAACAUAUAAAAGAAAUCGAAAAUAUGUACAUUACGUACCAAAACUAUAAUAAGAUAUAAUAAUAUGUUAAUAUCUAAGAAGUGUAAUAAAUUAAGAAAAACAUAA